AUGGCUCCUCAUAGUGAGAAGAGAAGAUCAGAGAGGAAAAGCUGCUGCAGCCUGAGCACCCUGCACCAGUUUUGGUGGCAAAGCAUCCUAGUUACCGCAUCCUUAGUUGCCCUCGGAGUCUUCCUGCAAAAGGUUAAUGAGACUGCGGAGCACAAUGUACCGUGUGACAUGUAUCUAUCUCGUCCUCAAAAGGAAAAGGAGAAAAUUUGGCAGAUAACUCAGGAACAAAUGAGCUCUGAAAUCAAGAACCAUCUGGAUGCCUUCAAGGAGAUGCAGAAAACCUUCCCCCUUUUCGAACACUCUAACUACACCCUCCUGGCUGGAGCCCCUCCCUGGAGGAAGAAGCUGCUGGUGGUGGGGAUCGCCUCGGUGCGGCGUUCCCAUGGCAACCACCUCUUGGACACCUUGAAGUCCCUGUUCCAAGCUUCCUCCAGAUAUGAACUGGUGCAUCCUCUCGUGCUGGUCCUCCUGUCAGAUCCUGAUCCUCAAUGGCUCAGCCAAACAGUUGCCACUAUUUCAAAGCGCUUCGCACGGUUCAUUGAGGCCCGGGAGCUGCUUGUGGUACAUGGUCUUCUCCGUGUUCCCCUGGUGAGGACGGCGGGUGAGGGCUCACCGUGUGGAGAGCUGUACUCUCAACAGAAAGCAGGUUUUGCCCUCCUCAUGAACUUUGCAAGCAACCUGUCCGAUUACUUCCUGUUGCUGGAAGAUAAUGUUCAUUGCACCCCCAGGUUCGUGUCUACCAUCUACAGGACACUAGCAGCCUGGGAAGAUCUGCCUUGGGUGAUCCUGGAGUUCUCCAGGCUGAGCAUCUCUGGGAGAGUCUUCCACACUAGGGACUUGUCCCGCCUCAUCUCUUUCUUCUUCCUCUUCCCCAAGGACACGCCCACCCACCUGCUUCUUUCUGAAUUCCGGCUUCUCUUGAACCAACAUGUUCCAAUUCACUUCAGCUCGUCCAUCUUCCACAGCCUGGCUGGUUAUCCGGAGUCUGAGAGUGUGUGCUUUCCUGCCGAGCGGGAGGUGGUCUCCAGGAAUCCAGACAAUCCUGCUGCAGUUGUGUUCUCCAACAUGGUCCCAAUAGAUUAUCACAUGCCGUAUUAUUAUUAUUACGCUUAUAUUCUGAACGAGGAGCACCUCAGGGUCAUGGAAGUUGAAGAAGGAAACUUCUUGACAGUGAUUCUGGAUAAACCCCACAAGAUCAUUCGGGUAGCCGUGCUGACAGGCUCUGAGGAAAACGGGACGUACCACUUACAGAAGGCGCACGUUCUACUGGGCUCCGGCCUCAUGGAGGACCCCAGGCACUGCAGCCAUUAUACCCUGCUCGGGCCACUGGUGGGAGGAAACUUGGACCAGAGGGUAUUUUAUGAAGAAGACUCUGUGGAGGAACUGAGCUGCAUACAACUUCUGGUCUUAGCAUCUCAGGAAUCUUUGCUCCUGAUCAGGCAGAUCAAAGUCUGGACAGAAGAUCAAUAG